AUGACAUCCGUUUCAACUGAUCUAACCCUCAACCCCCAGCAGCCUAUCCUCUUCGGCGACGGCCUCCCAACCAAGCGUCCCAAAGCCACCUCCCCACCCUGGGCACCAUGGAUCGAUCCCGGCCGCGAAGUCCUCUCCGAGGCCGAAUCCCGAUGGUCGCUCUACCUGUACUACGAGUUCGACAGAAAGACACUGUUCUUUGAACAAGUGCCUGUUCCAAACAUAAGCGCCGUCGCACCAGACGCGUCGCAAUGGCCGUGGCCAGCCAAGUUCUUCGACGAAACAGCCAACCAGAUCACUGAGCGGAACGCAAAGGAGUCUGCGUUUCUUCGUCUGCCGCGAGAAUUGAGGUGGGUGAUAUAUCAGUAUGUGAUUGCGGAUAGUGAUGGGACAGUUGGCAACGUUACUAGUGCUGGAGUCGUUUCACACGCGACGUCCAGGUAUCCGUUGCUGCGAGUUUGUCGACAGGUGUACGCUGAGAGGGGGCUCAUCCCCACGUCUUGA